AUGGCGCCGAGCAAGCUCCGGCAGGCGGUGGGCGCGGCCAAGGACCAAACGACCAUCGCCCUCGCUAGGGUGAGCGCCGCGGACGAGGUGGCCUCGGACGUCGAGGCGUCCAUCGUGAGGGCAACGGCGCACGGCGAGUCCGCCCCCGCAGACGAGCGGCACGCGGCGGAGAUCCUCACGCUGACGCGCUACUCCCGCGCGCGCGUGGUCGCGUGCGUGGCCUCCGUGUCGCGCAGGCUCGGGCGGGCGCGGACGUGGCCCGUCGCCGUCAAGACGCUGGCGCUCGUGCACCGCCUGCUCGCGGAGGGGGACCCGGCGUACGAGCAGGAGGUGUUCCUCGCCACGCGGCGCGGUAGGCGCAUGCUCGACGUGUCUCGGUUCCGAGAACGCGAACGCGCGCGGUCCCGCGACUGGGACUUCGCCGCGUUCGUGCGCGCCUACGCCGCGUACCUCGACGAUCGGCUCAAGCAACGGAUGCAGGCCCGCGGAGCAGGCGCGGCCAGCCCGGGUAAAUGGCACGUCGACGGUGACACCGACAGGACGACGUACGAGGUGGCCGAGGGCUGGGAGCUCGUGCCGGGGGAAAGGCCGGCGACCGAGACGACGACGACAGAGGAUGUCAUCGCGAAGGCGCAGCAGCUGAAGCACCUCCUCGGCCGAUUGAUCGAGUGCCGGCCGACAGGGAAGGCGAGGAUGAACCCGGUGGUGACCGCGGCGCUGUACAGGCUGGUGAAGGAGAGUGCGGCGAUGUACUGCGAGCUCACGGAGGUGAUGGUCGUGCUUGUGGACCGCUUCGCCGAGCUGGGCACUCCUGCCUGCGUGUGCGUCCACUCCAUCUUCACCAGCCUCGCAAAGCUGGUCGACGAGCUCGACGACUUCUACUCGUGGUGCAAGGCCACCGACGUGUGCCGCCCGUCGGACAUCCCCGAGAUACAACGCGUCCGGCAGAAGAAUCUGGACCUCAUGGACGAGUUCAUCCGCGACAGGCAUGCGUCGGCGUCCCAGUGGGGCCGCUCACCGCCUACUCCCGUCAAGAAGAACAACGUCAAAGGAAUUGAGCCAGCGCCGAAAGAGCAGCAGGUUGUUGUGCUAGAGGAGAACAAUGUCGGCAAGGCGGCGCCGGCGGAACCUUCUAGCUCACUCGUCGUCGUGGUCGACGACAAGAUGGCCGACUUCUUGAACUUGGGCCAGGACGCGUCGCCGCCAUCCGGCGAAGAGCAUGGGAGGAAUCUGACACUGCCACUGUUCGACGGUAACUCAGCGGAAGCUGCGCCGAAAUGGGUGGCGUUCGACGAUUCAGAAGCCGACUGGGAGACGGCACUGGUGCAGUCCACAAGCACGCCCGUUGCCCAGCAAUCGGAGCUCGGUGGCGGCUUCAACACGACGGUGCUGGACGACAUGUGCAACCACGCGACGGCCAAUGCAACCGUGACAAACGCGCGUGCGUUCGCCGGAAGCGCAAGCAGCGUGGCGACGCAGCCGCUUGGUGCGGCGGUUCUUGCCCUGCCGCCACCGCCUGGGGUCAGCACCGCCGCCGCCGCCGCAAGGGCUGAUCCAUUCGCCGCGUCCCUGGCGGUGCCUCCGCCGAUAUGUGUUCAGAUGACGGACUUGCAGACAAGGCAGCGGCUCCUUAUGCAGGAGCAGAACGCAUGGCACCAGUACGAAACACAUAGGGCAGCCUGGAGUUACAAUCUGUUGUGA